AUGGGUUCAAAUUCUCUGUGAUUAGCAGUGACUGACAUGAAGGAUCCAACGGCUGCACUGCCUCACCGCAGAGGGUUCUUAUGCCAAUCCGACGGUUUUUCUCUUGCCUUUUCAUCUGAAAUUCUGACGGCAGCUGAAGAAGCAAGGCGUGGCGUAUAAUGCGUAUUACGAAUGGUCUGAGACUGAGAAGACGGCGCGACGCAGGUUGGAGUUUCGUUGGUUUGAGUGAUGAAUCAUGAGCGAAGCGGUUAAUCUGUCAUUUUGGUUUGUAAAUUUGUUGAAAGUCGCAGUGCAGAGACAAAGAGGCAUUGGCUCGUUUAGUUUAUGAGGCUUCCGCCUUGAGAAUUCUACUUCUUCCGGCGAUUUAGUGAAGUUCGGGGGAGGAGAAGUAACCUUCUUCUCGGAAACCAAACAUGCCGGGAUCACCUGCUUCUGGGCCUCUGAAGGUUGAAGAGAAGAAGGGUUCUGUCCUUUCAGCUUCGUAUAUUGUUUAUCACUUCAGUACCAAUGGAAUUGCUGUUGCCACUGCUACUGGCCUCACUCAUCCUUUAGAUGUUCUCAAAGUUAGAUUGCAAAUGCAGCUCGUUGGCGAGAAGGGUCCCUUAAUUGGAAUGGGAAAACUUUUAUCUCAAAUACUAAAAAUGGAAGGUCCUAAGGCUAUGUAUCAGGGAUUUACACCUGCACUGAUGAGAUCACUUGUUUAUGGAGGUCUACGUCUGAGCUUGUAUGAACCAUCAAAAUAUGUCUGUGACAGGGCUUUUGGUUCCACUAAUAUCUUGGUGAAAAUUGCAUCUGGUGCAUUCUCUGGUGCCAUUGCUACUGCUCUGACCAAUCCGACAGAAGUCCUGAAGGUGCGACUACAGACGAAUUCAAAUGUGGAGAAAAGGGGUGUUCUUAGAGAAAUGCGUAAAAUUGCUUCAGAAGAGGGAAUAAAAUCUUUCUGGAAGGGGGUUGGUCCUGCAAUGGGCAGAGCUGCAAUGCUGACUGCAUCUCAGCUGGCAACAUAUGAUGAAUCCAAGCGGGCUCUCAUUAGGUGGACAUCUCUUGAAGAAGGCUUUCAUCUCCAUUUCAUCUCAAGUACCAUUGCAGGAGCAGUGAGCACCCUUGCAACUGCACCCAUGGACAUGAUUAAAACCCGUCUCAUGCUGCAGCGAGAAUCUUAUAAAGUUGGUGGUUACAGGAAUGGAUUUCAUUGUGCAUACCAGGUCAUUCUCACUGAAGGCCCUUGGGCACUCUACAAAGGGGGGUUUGUAACUUUCGCGAGAUUGGGUCCACAAACCAUGAUAACUUUUCUUGUGUGUGAGAAGCUGAGGGAACAUGCUGGCCUGCGGGCUCUCUGAUUUACAGGUUCUAUCUAUUCAAGAUUACCAGCUUCAUAUGGUUUUGAUUGAACCCUCAAUUUCAAAAUGAAACAGCUUUACAUGUUGCCAAUAAGUUCACAUCUGGAGGAGAAUGAAGUUGGGUAACUACCAUCUUGCUUUUCUGCUUUUGAGUGGAUCUGCAGUUUGAUUCCACUUAGAGCAAAUCCGAUUAAGAAUGAGAUUUCAGGUUGAGCAAUUAGAUUCUUAACUCUUGAUCCUCAAUUCUUUUAAAUAAAUUCUUUUGUAGUAUCUGUUGUAUUACAUGAAACUGAUUCCCAUCUUUUCCUUAAAUUCAAGAAUAUCUCUAAUUGUUGUCAUUCUCAUUUAUCAUUUUCAAGUUUGUAACCAAGAAGCUGUAAUUUUAUAUGCUUUUUAAGAAUUAUGGUUUUCGAGUUUGUAACU